ACCGAAUGAAGAAGAAAAGAAAAAGAAGGAAAAAAACCAUAUCAAUUGAAACCGAAUGGAUUAAGAAACCACAAAACGAUACCAGAACUAUGUGCCAAAAAUAGUUGAGAAGUUAUGUUGUCACACACCAAAGUUAAAGAAUAAAAAAAUUUUUUGUUUAUAAAUAAAGAAGGAUUGUAUACAAAAAAAAAACAACAGCAAGAAGCUAAACUAAAUUAAAAUUCGUGUAGUAUUGUUAUUAAUUUUUGUGAGAUAUGGCGCGAUGGGCAAGGCCUGAACCUGCGAACACAAGUCAACGACGCAAAUGGAAUUUGGGAGAUCGAACAUCUUUACGAAACUUACAUGGAAAUUCCAGUGAAAAUGGUGAUUCAAAUAGUCAGUACGAGAUCGCGAGGCAAAUUCUUGAGAAUGAUGCAGCUGAAGAUUCACGUGCCGAUUAUUCUCUGGGAAUUGAUUGGCUGUUAAAAGCAUCUUAUGAGGGCCAUCAAGGUGCGUUAAUGCUUUUGGCAAAAAGUCUGAAAACCGGACGUGGAAUAAAUGAUCGAAAUAUAACCGAAGUCGAAACAUGCUUGGCCAUGACACAAUCCGAACGAAAUGCACGAAAAGCAGCACGUGAAUUAUUUAAUUGCUUAAAGCAAACAAAUAAUUCAGGCGAACAUUACAUCACUGUAGCUCAAUUGGAGAAAAAAAUGCGUCAAAUAUAUAAAUUGAAAAGUAGCCGAUACAAAAGGAAUUCAACAUCGAAUGCAACAGCAACAUCAUCAUCAGCAACUGCACAAAAUGAACAAGACAUUUCACCAUAUCAUUCAAUUCGAACGAAUAUUAUGUCGAGUCCGGGUAAUAAUAUUAGCGAAGAGAAUCUCAUUUCAGCUGCCAUGCAAGUGGUGCAUGGUCAAUUACCAAAUAUUAGUUCAUCAUUAACACUAUCCGUUCCGCAUCCGGAAUCAUUGAAUCAUGUCCCAUAUUUUCAUCGGAUGCUCUUUCAUCCGUUGCUAUUUUUGUACCUAAUUUACCAUCAGUACUUGAAUGCACUAGCCCGUUUUCCCAGUUCCUUAGCUAAUUGCCUUAUAUUCUUAUUAAUUUUAUCGUAUACAACAACCAUAAACAAUGUACUUGCCUUUAUGCCGGUUGUCAUUUAUCAUGUUAGUCUAUUUGUGAUGAUUGUGUCAACAUUGAAAAUGUUUAAAUCGAAACAUCGUUAUGACGAUUUUCGAAUAUGGUCACAGCUAUUCUUAAGCUUUGAUCAACAAUUUGAUACAAAUGCAGAGAAUGCAUUUCUACGAAAAGAAUUACAACCGUAUCUUAUAUAUUUUUCGGCAUUUUUUCUAAAUGUUAUCGUGUCACCGACCAUUCCACUCGAUUGGAGAAUGACAUCCGAAGUGACAAUCAUUUCAUUCAUUUUACUAUUUGUGACAUUGUUUCUAUUUAUGUUUAAUAAUCGAAAUCCAUUUCCCGAUUUUCCCACAUUACUCUCAUUUGGUAUUAAUGUAUUGGUUAAGUAUCCAUUUGAAAUUGAUGCGGAAAUGUGGAGCAAUUGGUUGAUAUUUGAUUUAAAAAUACCAACAUUUUCACCAUUUCCAAUCGGUCAUGGAAUUGAAUUUUGCUUCAAUUGCCGGGGAUUGCUCUAUCUUCUAUUGCCCGGACUACUGUUAAUGUUGGCCCAACGACAUAAUUGGCAUGGGAUUUAUCAGUGUUUGAUACCACAUUGUGUUGUUCUUAGUUGGCUACAAAUUUGUAUAAUAAAUUCACAAUCGGCUACAAUGUUUGAAAUUGUACGUGGUACUCUAACUCUGGCUGGAAUGCUGUUUUGUUUGCCGCUGUUUGGUUUGGUGACGUUGAUGAUACCAGUUUUUGUCACCGUUGAAUCGAUGGCAUUAAAAAAUGCCGUUCAUCGUCUGAUUGCAUCGGUAUCAAUUGCCGGCAUUGCACUCGUUGUCUCCUGCUUACUUGCAUCGUAUCGACGAACAAAGCGAUAUGUUACAUUCAUGCAGGUAAUCGUUUGUUUGGUGGCCACAUUCUAUUUGACCCAACCAUAUAUUUCAAAAUAUUUUGAUGUUCCACCAUCACACUCACAAUCGGAUAUUUAUCAAACAAUCAUAAAUCGAAUGAAUGUGGCCGAUUCAUUGGCACAAGAUGACGUUUCGAUAAAUUACUUGAAAUGGGAUUUAUUUAAUCGUCAUUGUUAUUCACCGUUGACCAAUAACAACGGAAAUCGUAUAAAUGCUCAGUUAAAAUGUGAUCGAUUUCAUGGUUCGACCAUUAAAUGGGAAGGCAGUGUUCAUAACGUUGAAAUACGACGUGUGACAAAUAUUUUUGAAAAAAUUCUCACAUUUAUGCCAGAAAUGUUGUCAAUCCCGGUCAUUUGCUGGUUUGGUGAACCAAACGAACUUAUGUUCAAUGUGUAUGAUUCCGAUGAAUUAGAAUAUUUUAAAGAGCAAAACAAAUGUAAUUUAAACAGUUGGAACACUUAUGAAUUUCGUAUCGGUAUUAAAUUAGAUUAUAGCCCAAUUGAAGUAUACUUGAAUAUUCACAACAAUGAAUUCACAAAUUUCACGAGAUUAUUAAAUCGAUCGGAUCGAAUUUGGUUUGCUGGCACACUUAUGACUAGUUACACAAAUCCAGAUGGUGAUGAUGAUGUACACGUUCCAUUCAACACAUUCAAUUUGGAAAAGUAUCCACUUUGGGUCGAUGUUACAUCCAUUGGUUGCAUUAAAUGUAAGGAAUCAAGUCUGAGAGCAUUUUAUGCGUCAAAUUACAUAAAAUUAAGCAGUCGAAAUAUAUUUAAUGGUAUUAAAUAUUUUUUAAAUGUACUAUUUAACCCGAUUAUUCGUUUUCAAUAAA